AUGGAGCGCCGCCGCGGCGUCGAUCAGGGAGGAGAAUGCGCGGUGUGCUUGGGGGAAUUCGAGGACGAGGACUCCGUGCGUCUGCUGCCUAAUUGCACCCACGCCUUCCAUGUUUCCUGCAUCGACCAGUGGUUCGCGGCGCACACCAGCUGUCCGCUCUGCCGGAUGCCCGUGCUCCGCCAGGAAACAGAUUCGGCACCGGCAUCUCCAGAUCUAGCCGUGGAUCCAAUUAAUCGUGGCGAGAGCAGUAGCGUUGAGCCGUCGUCGAUGGGGCAAUCGGUUGGUUUGCUCCGUAAUUGCGCGUCGUUGAUGACGCCGAUGGAGCGGAGGUCGUCGUCGGCGCGGCUGAAGCGGUCGCUGUCGAUGGAUCAGUCGGUUGUGGUGAUUGAUGUGCAGAGGACUAAUUGUGCGGGUGCGACGUCGUUUUUGUCUUCCUCCACAGAUCAAAUUACUAUAAGGAGGAGUGGGUCGUUGAGCCACUUCGAUCACAAGUGGCUCAGGUCCAUCUCUUGCUUGCGGACUAAUCACACAAAUUCAAUUCUACCUUACUAAAUUAAUUAUUUAUUAAAUUAAUUAUUAGUAUGAGGAAAGCUAAGGAUGAUGUUCAGUAAUUUCGAAUUCACGUAUAUGAUCCAAACUUUAGUAAGUCUGUUGUAAUUUUAAAGAAAUACUACUGUAUUUCAAAUUUGGAACAUAAAAAUUGCAUUUUGCACCUUUUAGAUUUUCAAAUUCGAAAGAAUA